CCGACACGGCGGAACGGAAGCAACCAGUAACGACGAAAUCAGGAUGAAACUUGCGGGAGCAUUUGUUAUUGCCGGCCUGCUGGCCGUCUGUUCGCUCGCCAGUGCCGAAUGGAUCGACAUCGACUGGUCGCAGGUGAAGCCGAUCGACGAGUUCGACCACUACUGGCAGCGUCUGCCGGCGGAGAUGCAGUACCUGCGCCAUGCCCGCCCCUCGGCGCGCAUCGUCAAUGGACAGCAGGCGACCCCCGGCCAGUUCCCGUACCAGGUGGCGCUGCUGAGCAACUUCGGCACCGGUACCGGUCUGUGCGGUGCUACCAUCAUCACCAACAACUUCCUGCUGACGGCCGCUCACUGCGUGGUCGGUGGCAACGGGCAGGUGGCCAUCGGUGGCACCGCCAUCCUGGGAGCGCACGACCGCACCGUGGUGGAGCCGUCGCAGCAGCGCAUCGCCUUCGCGCAGAGCGGCAUCUUCGUGCAUCCGAGCUACAACCCGUCGACGAUCCGCAACGACAUUGCGACGGUGCGCCUGAACACGCCCGCCACCUUCAAUGCGCGCGUCCAGCCGAUCGAUCUGCCCGCCCGCUCCGAUGCGCGCACCUUUGCCGGGGUGCAGGGUACGGCUUCCGGUUUCGGCCGCACGUCGGACGCUAGCACCGCCACCUCGCCGGUGGUCAUGUUCACGCGCAACCCGAUCCUGUCGAACGCCCAGUGCAACAGCUUCUGGAGCACGGCCGUGGUGCAGGCACAGAACGUCUGUCUGGAUGCGACCGGUGGCCGCUCGCCGUGCAACGGUGACUCCGGUGGUCCGCUGGCGGUGCAGGACGGUGGCCGCAGCCUGGAGGUGGGCAUCGCUUCGUUCGUGUCCGCUGCCGGCUGCGCCUCGGGUGCACCGUCCGUCUGGGUGCGCAUUUCCUUCUUCCGCGACUGGAUCCAGCAGAACUCGGACUACGUGUUCCGUCCUUAGGGUGGGUUAAGCGAGUGGGUGGAAGUCGCGCCGUGACUUCCGUGUGAUGCAUUUACUAGGAGUUUGUAAUAAAAUUAUUGUGAUCAUUCAAA